AUGGGUGAUAAAAGCGCGUACAAGACGAACCUUCUCAACAAGGCGUCGAUCUCGUACGACUACCUCCACACGAACAGUACCACUCACGAGUUCGUCUUUGGUGCGAUAGCUGAGCUCGUCGACAACUCCUACGAUGCGGCCGCCAAUUCGCUGCGCAUUGAUUGGGAUCCGAACAUCCAAGGGCUCUCUUUCCUCGACGAUGGCUGCGGGAUGACGCGUGAAGAGGCGAUUUCCGUCAUCAGCUUCGGCCACUCGUUCAAGAAGGCGAACCCGAACACCGUCGGACAGUACGGAAACGGAUUGAAAAGUGGUUCGAUGCGCGUGGGCAAGGAUUUGAUAGUGUUCACCAAGAAGAACCAGAUGCGCACGUGCCUCUUCUUGUCGAGAACUUUUCACGAGGAGAACCGGCUGAAAGAAGUCUUCGUCCCGACCCCAUCGUUCAGCGAGGGCGACAACGCGUAUCUGGAGAACCCGGACGAGGACAAGGAGCGCCACGGCAUUGAGAUGGAUAUCAUCUUCAAGUACUCUCCGUUCAAGGACGCCGCCUCGUUGUUUGGCCAAUUCGAGAAGAUUUCGGGUUCGUCGGGCACCUUGAUAGUGCUCUACAAUCUUCGGCAGCUCGACAUGAUAGUGCCCGAGCUCGAUUUCACGUCGGAGAAAUACGACAUUCGCCUCUCGCAGAAUUCGGAUCAAAGAGAAGCCGAGCGCAACUCCCUGCGAUCCUACCUUUCCGUCCUCUACGCCAAGCCGCGAAUGAAAGUCUAUCUCCGAGGAAUGAAAGUGGCGCAGACGAAUCUCGUCUAUUCCCUCUCCCAUCGCCGCAAAUACCUCUUCGCCGCCAAGAACCUGAAGAAUUGUGCGAAGCGCGCCCACGAGCAGGCCCAAGCGAUGGUCAGAUCAUUGGAAGACCAGAUCAAAGAGGCCCAGUCCGACCUCAGCCGCUUCAUGCAGUCCAGUAUUAGCACGAUGAACCGGGACACCAAGCUGCGCGUGAAUCUGCUGGACCUGAAGGUGGCCGAGCUGUCGUCGGAGUUGAAGCAGGCGAAGGAGCGCGAGCAGACGGCGCAGAAGGCCAAGGCCAACCCCGUGCCCAUCACGUUCUACUUUGGGCUGAACUUGCACUGCAGGAAUCGUUACGGUAUUAUGGUCUACAACAAUGGCCGCCUGAUCGAGAUGUACGCCAAGCCGACGAUUCUGCGCGAGCGUCACGAUCAGAACAUGAAAUGCCUGGGCGUCAUCGGAAUCGUGGAUGUGCCGUGCACCGUCCUCGCCCCGACCCACAACAAGCAGGGCUUCGAAAAUCGCACCGAAUACCUGUGCCUGAUGCGCGCCGCCAACGAGCACAUGGAGCAGUACUGGAUGGAUCUGAAGCUGGCCGAGGAGAAGGGCGGCAUCAUUCAAUUCUGGAAAGCCCUCGGCUACAACUCUACGGCCUGGGAAUCGGUCUGCGAUCCGGACACGCGCUACAAGCUCGAACGCCAGAAGCUGAUCGGUUGCUACACCGUGCAGUGUGAUAAAUGUCUAAAAUGGCGACACCUCGACGUGCAGCGGCGCUACAUCGACCAGGGAAUUCCGGAAGGGUGGACCUGUCAAGACAAUCCAAAUUCGGCUUGUCAGUCUUGCGCCAAAGAAGAGCAGCUGCAGAGCAUUAAGGAGGGCAAGAUGUCGCACGGGAAGGAGCGAGAAAAGGACCGGGAUGUCGAGGUCGUGUCAGCACCGGAUAGACUUCAAAAGAAAGAAGUUGCCGCCCCGAUCCAAAACAAGCAAACGGCCAAGAUCACUCCCCUCCGAGCCCCGGUGGCCGCUGCCGUCUCUCAGCCACCAAUCAGGGCCGCCUCAGCCCGAGCUGCAGCUGCCACUCAGAAGCGCGCUCUCGUGCAGAGUGAGGAGGACGAAGAUGAGGAAGAGGUCAUGCCCAAGGCCAAGUCUCGUCGAAGCGUCGCCAGCUCGCGCAGUUCAGCAGUUGCCGCCGCUCCGCCUUCCAUCAAGCCAAGCCCUUCGACUCGACGCUCUCAAGCGAGCAGCCGAAAGGUGCAGUCCAGCGAAGAGGAGGAGGAGGAGGAAGAAGAAGAACCGGAAGAAUCCGAGGAAUCCGAAGAAGAAAUCGAAGAACCGCUCCCUCCUCGUCGAUCUACUGCCAGGACUGUCCAGCCUCCGCCACCUGCCCGUGAAGCCAAGCGGCGCGAGACCAUCGAGCCGCCCGCCAAGAAACAAGCCGAGGCCCCGGCUGCUGAAGCUCCCAGCGCGGAGGAUCACGCCCUUGCUGUGGCUGCACUCCGCACGGUGCUCGGCGCCCUGGCCAACCACACGCAGGACGCGAUGCCGGGCAGGAUGAAGUCGGCGCCCGAGAAGAACCUCUACAAGGUCGACUACAAAGACCUCAUCGACCGCGUGCUCGCCGAGGCCAAGAAGCAGUGCCAGAUCAACGCCAACUUGAAGCGACAAAAGGAGAAGGAUGAGGAGGCCAAGGAGCUCGCCAACUGGAAUCACCCCGCAUUCGCGCCCAUCAAAAAGUGUGCAUUCGAUGUCAUCAGCUGGGGAGCCCAAGGAGAUCCCGACUUCGAAGGCCUGACCCUCGACAACUCGCUGGAGAAGCUGCAAGCCUUCGCCGAGACGGUGCACCAGCCGAACGAGCCGAGCUCCACCCAA